AUGCCGUCCUUACCUCCUCCUGUCACGUUACCCGUGCUAGAAGAUUGCCUCGACGAAGUCGAGCGAUGGAACACACUCAAGACGUUCGUCGACAAGGCCCGCCGCAACUCGUCGAGGAAGUACUACCGCCGCCUGAAGGAGUACCGGGAGCACAGGGAGGCGUUGAACCCCUCCCAGAUCGCCGGCCUGUCGACAGCCCAGACCCAGCGGGAGGGAGGCGAUGAGUCGUCGGGAUCGUCUUCUGCGGGCCCACUUGGCAACGACGACUGGGACAUCUUGCCCGAGGUCGUCGACGAGGCGGUGUCCCCUCGUAGCGCCAACACGCCCGUGCCCAGCCCCAGCCGCCCCGUCGCCGACGGCCCCUCCCUCUCGUCUCGGGCGCCCAGCCCCAACGGCGGGGCAGACAAGCCCGCCGAUGAACCCUCCGCCCCCGGUCGCCGCCCGCUGCCCGUGGAGGACGAGCUCCGGUCUCUCCCUCCCGUGCGCUACGUCCCGAACCGCGUCUUCGUCGGAAACCACCCCGCCAGCAUCCGCAUCGCGUUGGUGAGGGCCCUGGAUCUCUCGCUUGCUGCCGCCCUCACUCGUGGAGCGGAAAUCGUGGCGCUGGAUGACUGGCCGUCGUACGCCGUCGUCCACACGGACCACGAGGGGUAUGCCAUCGCCACCAAGAAGGAACUCAAGGCACUUGCUCAGCCAGGCGCAAGCAACUCGUCAAGGUUGGGUCCGUCGACUGGCUCAACCUCUGCACCACCGCAGAGCGCGUCAUCGACCACAGGCCAUACCUACCUCGCCAGGCUGCAGCGCCGGGGCCCGGCGCCCCUCGGCCUCCCCCACGCGCAAUAA